AUGGCUCCCGCCACGUCUUCCUCCUCCGGUGGAGGAGGGAACAUCAAGGUGGUAGUAAGAGUGCGGCCAUUCAAUACAAGAGAACUUGACCGCGGUGCAAAGUGUAUCGUUGAGAUGCAAGAUAACCAGACCAUCCUGACCCCUCCACCAGAUGCUGGAGGUAAGUCAGCCAAGGACCGUGAGCCCAAGGUGUUCGCCUUCGACAAGUCGUACUGGUCCUUCGACAAGAAUGCACCCAACUAUGCGGGCCAGCAGCAUCUGUUCGAAGAUCUGGGCAAGCCACUGCUGGACAAUGCCUUCCAAGGCUAUAACAACUGUAUAUUCGCCUAUGGUCAAACUGGCGCCGGCAAGUCGUACUCCAUGAUGGGCUAUGGCAAAGAUGCCGGCAUCAUUCCCAACAUCUGUCAGGACAUGUUUCGCCGCAUCAACGAAAUGCAGAAGGAUCCCAAUUUGCGCUGUACCGUCGAGGUCUCAUAUCUCGAAAUCUACAACGAGCGCGUGCGUGACCUGUUAAACCCGGCAAACAAGGGCAAUCUUCGAGUCCGAGAACACCCCUCCACGGGUCCCUACGUCGAGGACCUGGCGAAGCUCGUCGUCACGAGUUUUCAGGAAAUUGAGCAUCUCAUGGAUGAAGGAAACAAGGCACGCACAGUCGCUGCCACCAACAUGAACGAGACGUCAAGUCGUAGUCACGCCGUUUUCACCAUUAUGCUUACGCAGAAGCGCUACGAUCCUGAAACCAAAAUGGAGAUGGAGAAAGCUGCGAAGAUUAGCCUUGUUGACCUUGCGGGCUCGGAAAGAGCGAACUCUACCGGCGCUACAGGCGCACGGCUCAAAGAAGGUGCUGAGAUCAACCGCUCUCUUUCCACGCUUGGUCGUGUUAUCGCAGCCCUGGCCGAUCUGUCUACUGGGAAGAAGAAGAAAGGAACAGUGGCCCAGGUUCCUUACCGUGACAGCGUCCUGACCUGGCUGCUCAAGGAUUCCCUCGGUGGCAACAGCAUGACUGCCAUGAUCGCAGCCAUCAGUCCAGCCGACAUCAACUACGACGAGACCCUUAGCACACUGCGAUACGCCGACUCAGCGAAGCGUAUCAAGAACCACGCAGUCAUCAACGAAGACGCCAACGCGCGCAUGAUCCGCGAGCUCAAGGAGGAACUGGCGCUGUUGCGCAGCAAGUUGAACAGUGGGGCUGGAGGUGGCGGUGGCAUUCCCGUGGAUGAGGUGUAUCCUCCUGAUACGCCACUGGACAAGCAGAUCGUGAGCAUCACGCAGCCAGACGGCACGGUCAAGAAGGUUUCGAAGGCGGAGAUCGCGGAGCAGUUGAUGCAGAGCGAGAAGCUGCUGAAGGAUCUCAACCAGACCUGGGAGGAAAAGCUCGCCAAAACGGAGGCCAUCCACAAGGAGCGCGAGCAGGCGCUGGAGGAACUUGGUAUCAGCAUCGAGAAGGGCUUCAUUGGCAUGUCGACACCUAAAAAGAUGCCUCAUUUGGUCAACCUUUCAGACGACCCCCUCUUAGCUGAGUGCCUUGUUUAUAAUCUGAAACCUGGCCUCACGACGGUUGGCAAUGUUGAGUCGAACCAGGAUCACCAGGUCAACAUCCGACUGAAUGGUACCAAGAUCCUCGAGAAACACUGCGUCUUUGAGAAUGCUCCCGACGGAACGGUGACCCUCACACCCGAGGAAGGGGCCGCGGUGAUGGUGAAUGGCAAACGCAUAACGGAAAAGACCAGGCUGCACUCGGGCUACCGCAUUAUCCUGGGAGACUUCCAUAUCUUCCGUUUCAAUCAUCCAUUGGAGGCGCGUGCUGAACGAGCCGAAAAAGCAGAACAAAGCCUGCUUCGACAGUCCAUUACAGCGAGCCAGCUGCAGGCCCUCGAAAAGACUUCUCCGAGCCCGUCAAGGAUGGGUCAUGACAGGACUCUCAGUACGGCCUUAUCGGAGCUGAGCGACAGUCGCCCUGAGUCUCCUGCAACCUGGCAGCGAAAUACAAAGGAACUGGACUGGUCCUUUGCUCGCAGAGAGGCCGCUCCGGCGAUCCUUGGGACCGACCAAAACAACCUGUCAAAGCUGACAGACGAGGAACUCAAUGCUCUGUUUGAGGACGUGCAGCGGGCGCGGGCUGAGAGAGUCAAUGGCCGCGAAGCCGACGGCGAAGAAGACGGAGAGUCGACGACGUCAUAUCCGAUUAGGGAGAAAUACAUGUCGGCUGGUACGAUUGACAACUUCUCACUCGACACAGCCUUAACCAUGCCGUCGACGCCCAAGCAAGGUGAGACGGGAGAUGAGCGGCUGCGGGAGAUGAGCGAUGAGAUGCAGGGCCAGCUCGAGAAACAAAAGGAAGAGUUUCAGGAGCAGCUCAAAAAUGCUGAGGCAGCAAACGUUGCUAUGGAAGAGAUCAAAAAGGAGAAGGCCAAGAUGGAGGAGACCUUGGUCCAGCUCAAGGCUGAUAUGCAGAAGAAGCUGGAGGAGCAGCGGCGCGAGUAUGAAGCCAAGAUCGAGAGGCUCGAUCCGCUGCGUCGGCCCAAGCCGAAACAGAAGCUUUCUCCCGAGGAAAUCGAGCGUGCCAAAGCGGCUGUCAAGCGUUGGCGGAGCCGCCACUAUGUGCGUAUGGCGAUGACUGUCUUGCAGCAUGCGUCGACGUUGAAGGAAGCUCAGAUCAUGAGCCACGAGUUGGACGAGCAUGUUGUGUUCCAGUUCACUGUCGUCGACGUUGGCCAUGUCGUGUGCUCGUCAUACGACAUGGUGCUCAAUGGGUUGAGCAGCGAGGGAGACGACAUUGCACUCGAAGAAGCACCGAAACCAUGCAUCGGUGUACGCGUCAUCGACUAUAAGCACAGUGUCGUCCAUCUUUGGAGCAUCGAGAAGCUUCACGAUCGCGUCCGGCAAAUGCGGCAGAUGUACCAAUACCUCGACCAGCCCGAAUAUGCACAGCACCUCAGCAUCGAUAACCCUUUUGUCGAGGCAUGCAUGCCGCAGUACACACUUGUGGGCGAGGCCGAUGUGCCUCUCAAGGCUGUCUUCGAGAGCCGCGUCCAAGACUUUACUCUUGAUGUCUACUCACCGCACACGCAGCAGGCCAUCGGCAUCAUUAAGCUUGCGCUGGAGCCUUCAAGUGCACGUGCGCCGUCCAACACACUCAAGUUUAAUGUCGUGAUGCACGAAAUGAUUGGUUUCGCUGAGCGUGAGGGCACUGAGGUACACGCUCAGCUCUUCAUCCCCGGUAUUUCUGAGGACGGUAUCACAACCACGCAAAUGAUUAAGGACUUCGACGAGGGCCCGAUUCGGUUCGAGAGCGUUCAUAGCAUGAGCGUACCCCUGUUCGCGCCCCCGCACACGACGCUGAGAGUGGCUAUAUUCGCAAAGGUAUCGGCCACGCAUCUUGACAAACUUCUUAGCUGGGACGAUAUGCGCGAUGCUGUACCUGCUUCGCAAGGCAAGCCCAAAGGCGCACGUAUCAACGAAGCACACUUCUACACGGAGGAGAAGCAUGAUCUGCUCGCGCGGGUACAGAUCCAGGAGAUGAACGAGGAUGGGGAGUACGUGCCGGUCGAGGUAACACAGAUGAAUGAGAUGGACGCUGGCACAUUCCAGCUGCAUCAAGGCCUGCAGCGUCGCAUUGCCAUUAAGUUGGUGCACAGCGCCGGCGACGCUCUACCAUGGGACGACGUUGUUUCGCUACGCGUCGGCAAGGUGCAACUGCUUGACAGCGCUGGGAAAACUCCCGACAUGUCCUCCAACCAAGAUAUGCUGCCGCUCAAGCUGGCUGCCAAGCCGGUGUUCCGCACAAAUGCCAACGGAACCCGUAGCAUCACCUUCUAUGCCCAAUGGGACUCAAGCCUGCAUAGCUCAUUGCUGCUGGAUCGUGUCACUCCCGACAAGUACCGUGUACAGAUGACUCUCGCUUGGGAAGUAGCCUGUGCCGAAAAGCUGGCUGAACCUGUCCGCUUUUCCCUGCCGGUUUGCGUUCAGGUGGUCUCGCGCUCAUUCGUACGCCAGACCUCUAUGUUCGCAUCGCUGUGGCAGCAGAUUAAAAUCGUUCACUCUGUCACCGGCAUAUUCACCUUGCAGCUGCGCCCCGCGCCUAUUAAACGGGUGGGCGAUCUAUGGCGCAUGAACUCUCAGCACGAUUAUGUCAAAGGCGAAGAAAACCUGACGGCAUGGACACCCCGUGGCGUGUCCCUCGUGGCGGACUACAUUGCUGCGCGGAAGAGGAGGCGCAUGGCGGCUGAGAUCAUGGCGAUGCAGAACUUCCUGAAGAAGAUUGGCGCCCUCGAGAAGAAGCCCAAGGAAACUCAGGAUGAUGAUAUUCCACCUCCCCCGCCCGUUAUCAGCGACAACGAUGAGAUUGCGGAACUGCUUAGGGACGACGAUGAAGAGCAAUCAUCCCCCAAAGCCGACCAACAAGAGGCCGAUCAGACCCCAGAUCCAAAAGAUGGUACCAUAUCUGAGCAGCCCAACAACACCACUGAACCGACCUCCGAAUACACUCCCGAGCAGGAAGCCCUUCUCAAGCGCAUUCUCAACCUCUGGCAGCGCUAUCAAGACCCAACUCUCAAGCUUCUCUCCCCCGCCAACACGUCUCCCCCGGAAGAUGGAGCCCCCGCCGACGAUGAUGACAGCCACUCGCCGUGGUUUGUCGCCACAGUUGUUCGCGUGCCGAAGAACCCAUCAGUGCUGCGGUCUGGCUACCUUCUCGUCCCCAACGCCGAGGCCACCAGAUGGGUGAAACGUUUUGUGGAGCUUCGGCGUCCAUACAUGCAUGUGUAUGGGGUGGAGAACGGAGAGGAAGUGGCCGUUGUUGGGCUGAGGAAUGCCAGAGUUGAGAGUCAGCCCGGGAUCUUGGGGCUGCUGAACGUGAGAGGAGGGGCGGAGGAUGAUUAUGGGCUGGCUGCUGUUGAAGGUGAAGGGGAUGCUGCAUCUUGCUCCGCCAACACAGGCCCAAAUGGCACCCCUCGGAUAGGGACUGUAUCACCAACCGCAUCCACAGGAAGUUUGAUAUCCUCGCUCUGGCCGACCAGUACUACAGGUAGCCCCAGCCCGCGGUCAACGCCAUCUGGGAACCGCCCCAGGCGCGAUAGUGACGGGCCGGGCAUCUCUCGCCUCAGCGAGCGCCUGCAGGCCGGCGUGUUUGCCAUCUAUGGGACCGACAACACAUGGCUUUUUGCAGCUCGCAGCGAGCGUGACAAGAUGGAUUGGGUCGCUAAGAUCGACCAGUGCUUUGGCCCAACACCCGCUUCGUCCUCAGCCGGCCCCGCGAGUGUCACGGCAAGUGGGAGGGCAAGUCCCAACUUGGGACCUCUUCCUAACAGAGGGAGGUGGUGA